CCGCUAUUUCCGCAUAGCCUCUGGAAUUACCAGAGCCGAGGCUUUGGAUAGAAUUCAUGGAGUGUACCUGAUAAAUUAAAAUAUACUUGAUCGCAUGUACGCAGCUCAUUGAUUGAUUACAUGCUCUUGUGACGACCGUGACCUUUCGAGUCAAGCUACCACAAAGAUGCAAACAAACCCAGCAGGGAGUCACAAAACCUACGAAGGGGUUUCAGAGGAUGACUGGCUACCAAUGGGAGGAGGGAGGCGACACCCUCAACGAUGUCCAGAUCGUAGAGAGUUUGUGGUUACAUUUGAAGAACCACACGAUUGGUGGAACCCUCAGAACUGGAGAUCAUGGAAAAAGCUUUGCAUAUCCACCGUCGCGUGCUGCGGAACGUUUGUUGUCUCGUUCAAUAGUGCCAUCUUCGCCGCAGGCGCUGCCGAAGCAAGCAAGGAAUUCAGGGUCGGGAAGGAAGUUACCGCGCUCGGUACGAGCUUGUUCGUGCUCGGUUUCGCUUUUGGGCCUAUGUUGUGGGCGCCUGGUUCCGAGCUUAUCGGGCGGCGCUGGCCACUCUCUAUCGGCAUGUUUGGGUCUUCGAUCUUCACCAUCGGGUGUGCCACAUCGAAAGACAUUCAAACGCUCGUCAUAUGCCGCUUUUUUGCUGGCUUGUUUGGGGCCAGUCCAUUAUGUGUGGUACCCGCGGUGCUAGCCGACCUUUACAACAGUACCUAUCGAGGCAUGGCAAUAUCGAUCUAUGCACUGACAGUGUUUGGUGGACCGUUUCUUGCACCAUGCAUUGGCGAAUUCAUCACAAUAAGCUACCUCGGCUGGCGGUGGACACUCUAUUUGCCCGCUAUUCUGGGACUGUGCAACUUCUGCUUCUUACUGUUUCUUUUAAGAGAAACAUUCGCUCCAGUCGUCCUUGUGGAGAAAGCAAUACAAUUGCGGCGGCAAACAGGCAACUGGGCAAUCCACGCGGAAAAGGAGAGACUUGAGCUUAACAUCGAUGCUGUUAUUCGAAACUACCUGACCCGGCCGCUGCAAAUGCUUGUGACAGAGCCCAUCAUACUCCUGGUCACUAUGUAUAUGUCGUUUAUCUAUGGAUUGGUUUAUGCACUUCUGGGAGCAUAUCCGUACGUCUUUAGCCAUGUAUAUGGGAUGCCCACAGGAGUGAACGCUCUGCCUUUCCUGGGACUAUUUCUGGGUGUCUUACUGGCUCUAAUCUUCAUCCUCUGCCAACAUCGUUCUUAUACUCGGAAGCUGAAGGCAAAUAAUGACAAGAUCGUACCAGAAUGGCGACUUGGCCCCGCUAUCUUCGGUGCUUUUAUAUUCGCCAUCGGCCUGUUUUGGUUCUCAUGGACGGCCUUCACUCAUUCCGUACACUGGAUGGCACCGAGUGCGGCCGGAGUUCUCAUUGGAUUUGGAGUUCUUUGCAUCUUCCUACCAUGCUUCAACUACCUAGUUGACGCUUUUGUACCUCUGGCGGCCUCUACAGUCGCAGCCAAUAUAAUGCUUCGCUCGGCAGUUGCAGCCGGCUUCCCUUUAUUCUCUACAAAGAUGUUUGAGAACCUUGGGGUACAAUGGGCAGGGACACUCCUUGCCUGCCUCGCUACAGUUAUGAUACCAAUACCUGUUGUUUUCAGGGCAUACGGUCCGAUGUUGAGAGGCCGCAGUAAGAUGUUGCAACAACCUUCGAGUGCAUUGGAAACUCCAGAGUCUUCGGACACGGAAGGACGAUCACAGUGACGUUUCAAGGCCGCGGAAGCCGCACAGAGAGAUAGACUUACGAUAUCGUGUAGUGGUCUGCACGUGGAUAUAGGUUUUAAGUCGAGUAUGCGGUAGGUGUAUUGGAGUCAUCCUGCACUUGGAGGGGUGGUCUUUAGAACCCUGGGAAAAAACAAACGUAUCAACUCCAAUCUUCAGAGACAUAGACAUCGAUAAGACAGGUUUGACCUCGCUCUUGGGACGCCGCUGUUG